AGUGGCAGCCAGCAGCCCUCAGCAGCUCUCAGCAGGUCCCAGCAGCAGCUUCCAGCCAAGAUGAACGCCAUUCAGAUGACGCUUCUGGUGUGCGGCCUGGCCGCGUCAGCCCUCGCCAGCCCCGCCGCCAAACUGCUGCCCGAGACGCCAUUCAUCAGCUGUGGUGCCGACACCAUCAAGACCCUGGAGGUGGUGGGCUGCGCCAGUCUGCCGUGCAUCCUGCGCCGUGGAACCACUGUCACACUCAACGUCGACAUCGUCUCCAACGCUGAUACGGCGACUCUGGCGUCGGAGAUUUACGGCAACCUCAACGGUGUCCUGGUGCCCUUCAGCGCCGACGACCAGGCCUGCAGCUCUCUGACGUCCGGCUCGUGCCCGCUGUCGAGCGGCGACGAGUUCGGCUUCACCACCAGUGUGGACGUGCUGAACGAGUACCCGCCCGUCUCCGUCACCAUCGAAUGGCGCCUCAAGGACGCCAGCGGAGCCCAGAUGGCCUGCGCCCAGAUCCCCGCGCGCAUCAUGUAGACGAGAGGACAGCUCACUCAGACUCCCCGACGCUCAACAUGGGGCCAGACGCGUGCCGCGAAGAGCGGUUCGCGAUGUCUUCCACGAAGUGUGGUAUGGCAUGGCUUUGUAAUGUAGCGCGGAGGGAGGUUGGCUACCGCGCGGUUUUUGCUGCUGCGCAAACGAAGGCUCUGUCUGACCCAUGUGGGAGGGAGCCCUGAAGGCUAGCAGAGGAACCGUGAAACGUAUAUUUCAUCUACUUAUUUAUUUCACCGUCUUCGUCCAUACUGUUGUAUCACCUCUCGUGUAGUAGGUAAUACAUAUUAUCAGUGCAAGAA